AAUAAUAGAUUAGUUCAAAUGAAUCUAAACAUUAAACAGAUGACAUCUAUUAGCGUUGUUAUCAUUUGUUUCAAUUGCCUGCUCUCGCAAAGUGUUAAAUGUGUUUCAAAGUGAUGAGCGACUCCCUAACAUGUGGCUCAUUCCUAACUAUAUUAUUUGCUUGAUCAUUCUAUUAAAAUCCUGCAAUUGUGAUGAAAUUUCAAUUACAUCUCAGGUGCAUGGCAAUGAGUUAGCCAAGAAGGAGGAUCACAGACUCCUGAUCUUCUCCACAUUAGAUGGAUAUCUGUAUGGAAUCAACCGGGAAACUGGUUCAAUCAAAUGGAAAAUUAAAGACAAAUCUGUUGUCCAGGUGCCUAGAAAGGCUCCUGAUGAAUUCCUCCCAAUGUUUUUACCAGAUCCUCAAGGUGGAUCCUUGUAUUUAGUUGGUAAUGGUAAGGAGUCUUUUAAGAAGCUGCCUUUUACCAUCCCCGAAUUGGUGAGCACGUCGCCGUGCCGAAGUUCUGAUGGUAUUUUGUAUACAGGUAAAAAGAAAGAUACUUGGUAUACAAUUGAUCCAGACACCGGUAACAAGCAGCACGUUUUGGGCUGGGAUUUCAAUGGUCCCACGUGUCCGGUCGCGAAUCCAAACGCGAUUUACAUCGGCCGGACGGAAUACAACAUCAUGAUGGUGGACAGCAAAAACCCGAAGAGGAAGUGGAAUAUAACAUUCUACGAGUAUUCCUCCGUGGCGUUCGACAAAGACACGUUGGCUAACUAUGAUAUGUUGCAUUUCACUUCGAGCUCUACCGGUAAUUUGAUAAGUCUGGAUCGAAUUCGGGGAUCGGUGCUGUGGCAACAAGAUUUGGGUAGUCCCAUUGUGGCAUCCUACAUUUUAGACCAGGAUGGUCUUAUCGCUUUACCCUUCACGAGCCUAUCCAAUUUCACGAUCAGUUCAAUCUUGAAUAACGAGAACUCGAUUAAUUCCCAAAUGAAAUUAUACCCUACUCUGUAUAUUGGUGAACAUAAAGAUGGUUUAUACGCUUUACAAUCGUUCGUGGAUCAAAACAUGAUUACUUUAACCAGCAACGAUGGUAAACCUUUGCUGCUCGAAGGACCGAUAAGGGUUAAGGACAAGCCUUGGGUUCUACUUCCUGGUGAGAAUUAUCCUUUGCAGCAGCAUCAGAACACAGUGACGUAUCGCAGUCUGCAAGGGAAAUUCACAUCAAUCUAUUACGGACACUAUAAUGUACCGGAAUACACCGAGAUGAGACUGCAAAUUGCAGGAAGUAGUCAUAUAAUAACGAAACUAAUCACAGACGAAAGCUUGAAAAGUAUAACAUUUGAUGAUAGCCAUAAGGCAAACGUUACUAACAAGUGGAUGAACAAUUCGAAAUACGUAUUCGGUUUUAUAUUUUGCUUGGCUAUAAUGUAUAUUUACUUCAAAAAAUUAAUCAGCGUCAAGUUCGGUAAUUUUGGUGAACAUCAAACGAGUAUUAGUCCUCAGCGAGGCUUCGUUAUUAAUCAGGUAUCGGAAUUACCUGAGGGAUCAAUCAAAAUCGGAAAGAUCAUUUUCAAUCCGGAUCAACUUUUGGGUAAAGGUUGCGAGGGAACGUUUGUUUACAGGGGUGAAUUUGAUGGUAGAAGGGUGGCCGUGAAACGUAUUUUACCGGAAUGCUUCAAUAUAGCGGAUCGUGAAGUUUCGUUGCUGAGGGAAAGCGAUGCUCAUCCUAACGUGAUCCGGUACUUCUGCAUGGAACAAGACAACACGUUUCGUUAUAUAGCGUUGGAGCUGUGCCAAGCGACGUUGUGCGAUUACGUGCAAGGCGAUUUCUCCAAACAUCUGAUCGAACCUCUGGAAAUCCUGAAGCAAGCCACCUUGGGUUUGGAGCAUCUGCACUCGCUGAGCAUAGUGCAUAGGGAUAUAAAACCUCAAAACGUGCUCUUGUCGAUAGCUGGACCAACCGGGGUCAGAGCAAUGAUCUCGGACUUUGGGUUAUGCAAGAAACUGCAGACGGGAAAAGAUUCGUUUUCUAGAGGUUCGGGAAUCGCAGGUACCGAUGGUUGGAUAGCUCCGGAAAUGUUGACCGAGAAUAAGAGCACGACACACGCAGUAGAUAUGUUCUCUUUGGGGUGCCUCUAUUACUAUGUUUUGUCUGAUGGUGAACAUCCAUUCGGGGAUAAGAUCAGGAGGCAAGGGAACAUCUUGAGCGGAUACUGGACGAUGGAUGAAAUAAAGGAAGAUCAGUGGAAAGUUGAAGUAUGCAAACCAUUGCUGGUGUCUUUGAUAUCAUCGGAACCCGCUGAGAGGCCCAGCUGUAAAGCGGUUUUGAACUAUCCCAUUUUUUGGAACAACAAAACGAUCCUCAACUUCUUACAGGACGUCAGCGACAGGGUUGAAAGCACAUCACAUAAUGAUCGUAUUAGUGAAAAUUUGGAGGCGAAGGCUCCUUUCGUGAUCAGAGGUGAUUGGCGUGACCAUUUGGAUGAAGCUCUGAUUUGUGAUCUUGCCAAGUAUCGAGGAUACAAAGGGCAUUGCUUGAAAGACCUUCUGAGAGCCAUCAGGAACAAGAGACAUCACUACCGAGAAUUGAGCGAGGAAUCUCGCGAAGUGUUAGGCAUGAUACCGAACCAAUUUCUCUCGUACUGGACGCAACAUUUCCCUCUGAUGUUCGCGCAUGUUUGGAUCGUCAUGCAAUGUCUUUCGGUGGAAGAACUAUUCCAACAAUACUACUCGGUGAAUAUUAGGUACAAGAAUACGGUCAACUACAGAUUACACUCGGCCGACCUUUAUGAGCGCGAGACCCGAAACAGAUCUAUGGGCAUUUAUAGAAACGAAACUAAAGUACAAAAUCGCGGAGGCGAAAGCAAGAAGAAGAAAAAGAGAUCCGAAGACGUGCCUUUGAAAUGGGUGCUCACCACUUGAGUGCGUUACAUUCGUUUUUUUUAAUUUUAAUUAUCUGACACUGUGAUAAGAAGCGAGUUCAACCCGUGGCACUAAUUUAAGGAACUAGAUUUACCGUUUUAUUGUCUU